AUGGAUGCUCUCGAUCAGGUUCGUUGUCUCCUCAAUAUUUUGGGUGUCAUGUUAUUUAUUAGACUUAGUUGGGUUGUUGGUCAAGCUGGAAUUGGACUUGCUUCAGUUAUCAUUCUCCUUUCUACUGUAGUUACCAUAUUAACUACAUUAUCAAUGUCUGCUAUUUGUACAAAUGGGGAAGUGAAAGGGGGUGGAGCUAUUUAUCUGAUAUCGGGGGGGGGGGGGGGGGGGGGGGGGGGGAGUUUAGGUCCAGAGUUUGGAGGAGCUAUUGGAGUUAUAUUUUCAUUAGCUAAUGCAGUAGCUGUUGCUCUUUAUAUAGUGGGUUUUGCUGAGACUCUUACAGAACUAUUAAUGCGUAAUGACAGUCUGAUACCUGGUUUAUCUGAGAUCAAUCAUAUCAGACUAUUUGGAUUUAUUACUGCAUUAAUAUUACUUGGAAUAGCAAUGAUAGGAUUAGACUGGGAAUCAAAAAUUCAAAUCGUUCUAUUGGUAAUAUUGAUCAUAGCUCUGUUAGAUGCUAUUAUUUGUUCCUUUAUACCUCGUCAUUCUACAACAUUUAUGGAAAAUUUUGUCCCUGAUUUCAAGGAAAAGCUUUUCACUGUUUUUUCAGUUUUCUUUCCAGCAGCUACUGGUAUAUUAGCUGGAGCCAAUAUAUCUGGAGAUUUGAAGAAUCCUCAGACAGCUAUUCCCAAAGGAACACUUCUUGCUAUUAUUAUUACUAGUACUGUAUAUCUGGGUGUGGCUUGGAUGUUAGGAUUUAAUGUGUUACGAUAUGCACCUGGUACUCCUGAUGAUUAUUUUCAGAUAAUGGAAAUGAUAUCAGCAUUUGGUCCUAUUGUAACAGCUGGUAUUUUUGCUGCUACACUCUCUUCUGCUCUGGCUAGUCUUGUCAGUGCACCUAAAGUAUUUCAGCGUGUUUGUCAGGACAAGAUCUUUCCAUUUAUUGAAUGGUUUGGUAAGGGAGGUUGGAAGGGUACUGGUAAUGAACCUAUCAGAGGUUAUUUCCUGACUAUUAUUAUAGCACUGGCUUGUAUUGCUAUUGGUGACCUAAAUACUAUAGCACUGCAUUCUAACUUCUUUUUAAUGGCCUAUACUCUUAUUAACUUUUCAUGUUUUGCUGCCUCUUCACUAAGAGUCCAGGUUGGGCGUCCAGCAUUCAAGUUUUUAUUCUCACUGGUAGCAUUAUUUGCAGCUGCUGUAUGUCUAGCUAUUAUGUUUGUCAAGUGGUGGGCAGCUUUAAUAACACUAGUAGCAGUGGGAGCUCUUUAUUUAUUAGUAUACUGGAGAAAACCAGAUAUUAACUGGGGUUCUAGUACUCAAGCUUUUCUUUAUCAUUACUCUUUGAAAAAUCUCCUACACUUGAGGAAACUAGAAGAUCAUGUCAAAAACUUUAGACCUCAGUUUUUAGUAUUAACUGGUCCUCCUUCAUCUCGUCCUGAUAUGACUUAUUUUUUUCCAUCAAGUAUCACACAUCACCAGGUUGAUGAUGAUAGCUCUCGUCCAUCCUCAAGUGUUCCCAUCUCUUCAAAUGUUCCUGAUAUUAUCACUGUGCCAUCACGAUUUGAGAAGAAGCAGGAGAAUGGUUUUUAUUGA